UGCCAGAACUAGUACGGGUGGGGACAGUUGCGAAACAUUUAUUUUUCCCAUUUCUUUAUAUGCAGCGUUUGACCGAUCAUUCCGCGGAUUCACACAGGCAGUACCAGUGGGCAAAUUUCGAUUUAUUUUUGUUUUUGGAUUGGAAACGGCAGGCUGCAAGGCCAUGGCAGUGUCAAUUUCCCGAGACCUGUCUGUGAUGGUGGAGGACACCAGCGUGCGCAAGCUAACCGACAGGCAGGAGGCUCUGAAGGAGAGCAUUCAGAAAGGAGAGCCCAAAGUGCUGGGUGUUUCCCAGGUGAUGGUGGGUGUGGUGGUCAUCUCCUACUCCCUUCCUCUCCUGGCAUCUGACUUCACAGAGGUGGUGAACUUCGGGGUGCCCUGGUGGAGCGGAACUGUGUUUAUUUUGGCAGGAGCUGUUGCCAUAGCGACGGACAAACACAGCAAUAUGAAAUUUCUGUGUGCGUGUCUCAUCACCACUGCGAUUGGCCUGCUGGUCUCCAUCUUAGCUGUCAUCUUCUACUUCGUCGACCUGCACAAGAACCCCGACAUCACCCCCAGCAAAGACUGCAACCCUGAGACUGAUCACUGCAACAUCGAGCAUUUCGUAGUCGCCUUCAGCAGAGGAGUAAAGUCUUCACUCCUUCUUUUCACCAUCGUCCAGGCUAUUAUCGCCUCCAUUCUGAGCUACAAUCUCUACAGGGAGCGCAAGCGUUUCAACGAUUACACGGCCUUAAACCAGCUUAUCCCACCAUCCCCCACUGGGGCCACGCCUAUAGAAUUCAACUGACCAAUCGCAGCUGGAGGAAAGUCAGCCCUGACUGACUCCAGAUGUCCACCUCCCCUGUCGCUGUCAGCUGUUGGAUAUGAAGUAUGAUGCACACUAUAGCCUUGUGUUGUAUAAACAGCAUCUUAUACCUUUACACAGUCUGCACUCAGGCACACUUUGUCUUUAUGGAGAUUAUGUCUGUUUUUUUCUGCAAUAAGAAAUAAAUCAUUUAUAUCAAA